AUGGAAGUUGCAAUAGUGUUGUCUGGUAAAUAUAAAAAAGUGGUGAUUGCAAGAAAUUUUGAUGAUGGCACUAAAGAACAUCCAUAUGGUCAUGCAAUAGUAGUUGAAAUAGAAAGAUAUCCAUUAAAAAUUGAUAUUGAAUUAGAUUAUGGUGCAAAGAGGGAUAGAUCGAAUGGUUAUGAUCCUUCUGAACAUGUAAAAAUUUAUGAAGGCUUUGAAUUUUCUAGCAAUGAAGAUGAAAAGGAUGAUAAAUAUGCUGAAGGACCUGAUAUGUCUAAUAUAGAUUCUGCUUGUCAUGGUCCAAAAACACAUUCUAUGUGUGACAAUCCCAAUAGAGAAAUAGGACCUGAUUAUAUUCCAGUAAGGAAUCAAUUUUGGCAACGAAAAACAUUUGGACACCCAACUAAAGAAUUAUUUUUAGCUCAACCUGAAACUUAUGUUGAGUAUUCAAGAACUAGUGGAAUGACAAAAGGUCAAGGCUAA